UUACAAAAAAAAGAUCUUCAUGGAGAAGUCUUUCUUGGUUGUUAGGGAAUUUCUUUCUUUUCUGAUCUAGCAAAAUGGGCCAGGUUGGUUAGUUUUAGAAAGGAGCUUGGGUUUUGGAUGUCCCUAGAUUGUCAUUGCUUUUUUACUGUAACUUAUGCUGCGAGGGUCUUAGUAUUUGGGUAUCCUCACCUCACUUUGUAGUGAGGGUCUUGGUUUUGGGCAUCUUCAGCUCACAUUUUGUUGAGAGUCAGGGCAGUGACACUGACGUUGGUUUGUAAUUUCUGGGGACAGAGAAGUAUAGAAAAUGGAGAAGAUUGAGAGAGAAGAAGAGAUAGAUAGAGGAACAAGAGAUUAGAGAAUAGAAGAUAAGAGAUACUGAAUAGUACACAAGUAUUAUUGAUCUGUCAUAGCCUCCAGUUACAAUUGAAUUGUAAGGUUUUUAUAGGGAACUAAUACACAGAGAAUCAAUAGUAUCCAACGGCUAUAACUAAAAUACCUAACAGCUAUAUUCCCUUGACAAUAUAACUAACUAAUGUAAAUAACGUCAGAAUUAUAAAAAUCAAAACAUCCUUUGAAAGACCCUAGCCCUCACGGAUUAUUUACUAUAAACUGGAAAUUUCUGCUGAAGUUGAUGUAAGGGCAUCCAUGAUGCUUCUUCAUCAGGUAAUUGUUUCCAUUUUACCAAGACUUCAGUUAUGAUUCUCCCUCUUUUCCCACCAACACGUUUCUGCAGAAUGCUUUCAGGUUCUGUAACUGAUGGAAAUUUUGGCCAAUCUAAUGGUGGGUGUCUCUAUUUUACUUUAGGAUUAGGGCACAACUUUAAUAGACACAUGAAAUGCAGGGUGUAUUCUAGAUUCUGGUGGUAGUUCAAGCUUACAUGCAAUUGCCCAUAUCUUUUCUAGCACCUCAUAGGGACCAAAAAAUUGAGGUGCUAAUUUUUGAGAACUCCUUGCAGUAGCAUGUGGUUGUCUAUAGGGUUGCAAUUUGAGGAAGACCUAUUGUCACACCAUGAACUCAUGGUCAGUCUUAUGAGCAUCAUGUAAUGACCUAAAAUUUAAUUGAAAUUCAAAUUAAUGAUGAGGUAUUUUGAGGAUAUAUAUAUAUAUAAGUAUUAAUUUAUCAAGGAAGUGAGUUAGCCUAGUGGUGAUUGAGCUAGUCAUUCAUAAGGCAAGUCUUAGAUUCAAACCCUUUCAAUGUAAGGGGAGAAAAUUUUUAUUUCACCAAUAACUUGGCUAAAUUAUCAUUUUGCCCUUGGUGCGUAAAAAAAAAGGGAAAAAUUUAGAGAUAAGAUCAGGAAGCUUCUGCUUCAUUUGUGAGGGAGGGGGACACAGAGAGAGAGAAGAACAGAGAGUAUGCGAAUCCUCCCUGCUGUCCUCGGUCUUCCUCUUUCAUUCUUCUUCGGCGCCGGCAACCAUGAAAGGUCUUCUUUUUCUUCCUCCUCCGUGUGCUGUGGCGUGAAAGCAAGGGGAUUCAUCUUGCUUCUCUUUGCUUCCCUUUGCCGAUCGCUCAUCGUCGCGGACUUUCAUAAGCUUGUCCGAUCCUUGUUCUUCUGCGUCGCCGGCGAUAGGUCCUUCAACAUUGGGCUGCAGUUUUCAUUCUUUGUUGCUGAAGGUUCAAUGCUCUGGUUUUCUCCUUCCCUUGUUCAGCACCGAACUCCUUUCCCUCCAUCGUCAUUGCUGCCGAUGGCUGGUGAAGGAGCUCAUUCUUCCAUCUUCAUUUCUGAUGAUUUUAUGUGGUGCAUAUAUAUAUAUAUAUUUAUUGGUUUUCCCUGCUUGCUUGUUUGGCUGAAAUUGUGCAGUUUGGAAUUGAAAUUUUUCUAAGUUUCAACUUAUUUUUUUUUUGAUAGGGAAUUGGAUUGAAAAAGUACGAUGAAUUUAGUGGUAGAUGUAUGAAAUUUGUUGGGUAGGAGAUUGAAGUUGAACAAGUUAUAUUGAAUGGCUUAUAAGCUGUGCACAUAAGGUGUUUGAUCUAAGGAUUGAGAGAGAAUCAUGUCUUAAUAAAAUAAUUGACCACGGCUAAAGUAUUAUGAAGAAAUUGUGAGAUAAAUGAUGAUAUUUGGAUAGUGAAUCGUUAACUAAAUCUUUGUAAAAUUAUGAUAGGGGUUGUCUUCCACACCCACUUUAUUAAUCUACUUGCUUAGAGCUUUAUAGAAAUUCUUAGGGUGUAUGUAAUUAGUGCGUGGUUGCAUGUGUGUGCAUUUGUGCCUCUUUGUAUAUCCAUGAUUAUGAAUGUGUUCAUUGACUUUUAGUACAUGCGUAAGAGCUGUCUAGUUGCCUUGCUUUUGUAAUGUAGACCAUAGAAUUUUAUUCAUGACACUUAGAAUAGUCCAUACAAUGACUAAAUUUGUGUAUAGAAUAUAUUAUAUUCUUUUAUAAGAAAUUGAGAUCAAGGACUUUGUUUACAUAUAAGUGUUGAAAAAGGAAUAUGGGGUCGAUGAAUGUUAUUUUAUUUGAUUAUUCAUUUUGGAUCUACAGCUUAUUGUAUUUAAUUAAACCUCCAGAUAUGUAAAAUAAAAUGCUAUAGUUUCAAGUUACAAAGUUGUGGGAAAAGUGCAAGUGUAACCAAUGGUAUUGUUUAGUUAAAACGUGUUAAUAGAUUAUUAUGACUCGUGCACUAUAAAGGAAUGCGGAGAAUAUGAAUUUCUUUGGAAUGGAAAUUAAAAGAUUGGGGUCCAAGAGCAAUGCGAGAAUAUAUUAUAAUGAUUAAGUGAAUGAACAAUUAUGAGUUUUUAUAAAAUUUUAGAGGUUCAGUUAUUAUUAUAUUGGAUGUUUUAGGAAUAAAUCUUGUGAGGAAUGCUAAGGGGUAAAUCACGGUGUUGGGAUUGUCUCGGGUAAGUGGAUGGUGUAAUACCCUAAUUUUUUUUUUCAAAAACAAUUUAACUCAACUAUGGUAGAAAAGUGUCUGCCAUGGUAAAAAGAAGUCAACUUAUUCUAUAUUUUUUUUGAAACAAUUCUAUAAUUUAAAACACUACCAUGGUAGAAAAGAUUAAACCCCUUUUUAAAUAAUACAAAAUAAUUUUAUACAAUUAAUAUACAUUUACAACCAUAGUUGGGUUACAGCCACCCAACACAUUUUAUAUCAAUAAAUUCAAUAUAAAACAUUUUAUAAUUAGUUUAAGCUCGCAGAAUACAACAUCUCAGAUAAAUUUUUACUUCCCACAUACCAUUAGGCUAAAAUCACAUUUUCCAUCCUUAUAUUCCCAAUAAGUGCAAACCAUAAAUCAAUAACUAACAAUUUAAUCAAUUUUCAAAAUAGGCCAAUUAUUUGGCCUCAUAAUCAUGCCAUUUCAAAUCAUCCAAAAUAAAUCAAAGGUUAAAGUUACAGUUAUCCAAAGUGUGCUAAAAGUAGAAAGAGUUUGAAGGGUAUGAUUACAUUAUUGCAUUCAUAUAAUUGUCAAUAAACAAAAGCCCUAAUAUUGGCAAUAUAUUACAUUAAAAAUCAUAAAUCAAAUACCCAAAGGGGACAGUGGACUUAUGCCAUUAAGCCUUAGGGACUCCUCCACGCGCCACUCGUGGCUCUUCUUCUGAAAUUGUUAACCACAUAAUGAGAUUCAAAAGUCCCAGUAAUCAAUGCCAAUUUAUGAUAGUGUAUACAAACAGUUAAAUGUGUGCUUGUUAAGUGGGGAAAUAACAGUCAUAUAAUUCUAACAAAAAUACAAGAAAUAUUACAAUACAAAAUAAACAAUCAUCCUUAUCUCUCUCCAUUAUCUUCGAGCCGUAACCCUCACUCGGUGCUAAAUUACCCAACCAAAGAUAGAUUAGCUCGAGCCCUUACAAGCCACCUAUUGGGCUCCAAUAGGGGUGUACCACGUGGCAUAUAAAUACAAUAACAAAAACAAGUCUCCUAACACCUCCCACACUAAUCAAAUGAAUUCAUAACAAUAUUGUACAAUUAUACAAUAUUAUAAUCUUCACAAUUUUCUCAUUUUUAAUAAUAUUACAAUAUAACAUUCCACUUGGCAAAAAUACUUCAAAAUGCAAAUUCACAAUUUCACAACAUUUAGGAUUAAGUUGAACAGAUAAGGACUAAGAGAUGAUCCCUGAUGUAGUCUAAUCUUUAUAGGAAAUUCCUUUGUUUGACCACUAGACGUUCUUAUACUAGUUUUUACCCCCUCAUACAUAUCUUGUAUGGCUUUAAUAUAAGCAAUCCGUAUUCCCUUUUUUUCCAACGCUUUCCAAAGCACUUCUCUUGGUAUAUGGUCAUAACUUUUUUUCAAAUCAAUAAAAAUUAUGUGUAAAUCUUUAUCUUUACAAUGAUACUUUUCCAUUAAUCCCCUUAGUAGAUAAAUCGCCUCUGUAGUUGAUCUAACUGGCAUAAAACCAAACUGAUUCUCAGAAAUACUUGUCUUCAAUCUCAACCUGUGCUCAAUUACUUUCUCCCACAAUUUCAUUGUGUGGCUCAUGAGUUUAAUCCCUCUAUAGUUAGUACAAUUCUGAAUAUCUCCUUUAUUUUUAUAAAUAGGAAUUAAUGUACUUCUCCACUCAUCAGGCAUUUUCUUGGACCGUAAGAUCACAUUAAAUAACUUAGUUAACCAUCUCACCCUUUCUUCACUUAAACAUUUCCACGCUUUGAUAGAUAUACGAUCAGGUCCGUUGGCUCUACCAUUUGCUAUUUUCUUAAAAGCUUCCUUUACCUCCUUAUCACGUUUUAUUCGAUAGAAUGACAAAUUUUGUUCUCUUUCACCAGUUACUAAAUCCUCCAAGUUACUAGAUGAACCCUCUCUAUCAUUGAAAAGUUUGGAAAAGUAAGUCUCCCAUCUAUUUUUAAUUUCAUCAUCUGUAACUAAAAUUCUUCCCUCUUCAUCCUUAAUACCCUUUACCUGUUCUAGAUCCCUUGAUUUUCUUUCCCUACUCUUGGCAAUCUUAUAAAUGUUUCGUUCUCCUUCCUUCGUCUCAAGGCUCUUAUAAAAUUCUUCAAAAGCUUUAGAACGAGCUUCACCCACAGCUCUCUUAGUUUCCUUCUUAGCCAUACGGUACCUCUCCCAAUUUUCCUCAUUGUUACACAAAUGUAUGGCUUUAAAACAGUUCUUCUCAUAAUUGAUUUUGUCCUGUACACUAUUAUUCCACCACCAAGACUCCUUAUCUCUCGGAGCAGAACCUUUUGAUUCUCCCAAAACUACUUUUGCAACCUCCCGUAUCUUUUUAGCCAUAUCCUCCCACAUGAUGUUAGCACUUCCCUGAGAUUCCCAAAUUCCUUUGUCCGAAAGAUUUCGCUUGAAAAUAUCUUGCUUCUCACCUUUUAAUUGCCACCACCUAAUCCUUGGUGCUAUUACUUGUCGACGCUUUUGGAUUUACUCAUAAUACACACAUCGAGGACUAGGACCUUAUGUUGUGUCGUUACAGCAUCUUCGGGGAUCACCUUGUAAUUUUUACAAAGUCUUCUAUCUGUGUUUCUAAUUAAAAGAAAAUCAAUCUGUGACCUUGACGCUCUACUUUUGUAAGUGAUGAGAUGCUCAUCUCUCUUCUUGAAACAAGUGUUGGCAAUUUUAAAAUCAUAUGCCAAUGAGAAAUCAAGAAGAGUUUGUCCUUCAUUGUUUAGCUCUCCAAAACCAAAACCACCAUGCACCCUCGUAUACUGACCAGCCUCCCUCCCAACAUGCCCAUUAAAGUCUCCUCUAAUAAAAAUCUUUUCACUCUGUAGUAUGUGUCGAAUCAACCCCUCCAAAUCCUCCUAAAAUAAUUCCUUCAGGCUGGCUUCUGUCCCGACUUGCGGCGCAUAAGCGCUAACAAUAUUAACAGUCUCACGUCCAAUUAUUAUUUUUAAGGAAAUAAUUCUGUCUCCAAUUCUGCUAACUUCUACAACAUUCUUCUUCUACUCCUUAUCCACAAUGAUGCCUACUCCAUUGCGUGCGCUUACUUUUCCUGUAUACCAAAGUUUGAAAUCUUGAAUAUCCUUAGCUUCUUCUCCACGCCAUUUUGUUUCUUGCAGGCAAAGGAUAUUGAUUUUCCUUUGAAUCAUAACCCCUACAACCUCUAUAGAUUUACAAUUCAAUGUCCCAACAUUCCAAGUACCAAAUCUAAUUUUGCUCUCAUGGACUAACCUCUUUAGCCAUGCACGUCCAGAAUGACGUGGUAGCCCUUGCUCAUUUAACACUAAAUUUGGGUGCCGAUGCAGCGGCUCUAACUUACUUAUCACUGUACUCAAGCCAUGCAGCGCGUUACUUACAGGCAAUGACCUAGCAUUAAUAUUAUAACGUCUAUUGUCCAUGUUCAUGAUAGAUUCAACAAAGUUUUACAUUGGCUGUCGAUGAUCUAACACAACCCUCCUCCUUUACUUGGGCUUGGGGCCGGCUAUAAACAUAAGCUAUUUUGGGGCGUGACACAUCAGCUUUUUGCUUCAUCAUAUUUGGAACCCUGAUGCGGAUGAUGCUUUAAAACUUUUAACAUUUCUUCCCUUGUUGUGAAAGACCUGUCUGACACACUAGGAAGCACGGAUACGCUGAUUUUGGUGGCGUAUCCGUGUCAGAUAUGCACCGGACACGAACACUCGCUCCGUGCAAGUACAUCCGUGUCCGAUACGUUUUUUGUUUGGGCGACACGGCGAGACACGGCUGACACGGCUUCGACGCUGGACACUGCGUUUUGCAUAAAAAAAAUUGCCUAAAUAAGCAGAUCGAACCUCACUCACUUCUGAUUCUAACCUUCUCUCCCAACUCGCGAAAUCAGUCGACCGUCGUUCUCUUACACUCAGUUCGCGAAAUCAGAUCGAACCUUCCCAGAUCACGCCGUUGUUCUCCUUCGCGAACCUUUGGAACAAGCUGCCGACCUGCCGUGCGCUUGGUUCUUUCCUGCUCUUAUGCAUUCUUAGUUGCUCAGCUCACCGGCGUCGGUCUUUCAUCCGUUCACUGGUUUACACUUCUCUCUCUCUCUCUCUCUCUCUCUCUCGUGUCUCUCAACUCUCAACUCUCAACUCUGUCUCUCACGCUGUCACGAGCCCGAAACUGAAAAAUGAAUAGAUUUUUUAUUUUAUUUUUGAUUCAUCUUAAAGACUUAAACUUUGCUUCAACUCUCAUGUCCAGUUUUUUUUUUCUUUUGACCGAAGCUCAUACUCUGCCCUCUUCUCUAAAUUUAAUUUUUAUUUAUUAAUUUAAUAUAUUAGAUUGCAAUGUUCAUGUGUAGAAUUUAUAUUUAAUGCUUGCUUGCUUUCUAUUUUUAUGUUACAUGUUAUUUUGCUCAAAUCUCAAUCUGCAUUUCAAUGCUUUUAGUCAUAUUUAAUUUUAGUUUAUCUCAAUUUUUUUUAAUUAGCUAUGGCUACAGCAAAUAGUUCUGGGGAAGUAUUAAUUCAGCAGCCCAUUUUAUGAGCUACAAAAAGAUGGAACUCCCUUAUGGUGCUAUGUCACUUUGGUGAAUAAAAAUAGAGACAUACCAGGAGGUGGAAAUAGAUAUUGGAGGUGCAAUUAUUGUAACAAAGAAUUCAAUGGCUCUUAUUCUAGAGUUAAGCGGCACUUGUUAAAAACUUCUGGCAAGGGAAUUGCUAUAUGCUCGAAAGUUGAUGAGUAUUGCCUAGCUGAGAUGAGAAAAUUACAAGAAGAUGCUGAUGAUAAGACCAAGUCAAAGCAAGUGCCAUUACCACCCCCGGCUGAAGGUUCAUCUCCCUUAUAUCCUAUGACAAGUGAAAGCAACCAAAGCAAGAGAAGGGCAGUAAGUCCAUUAGAAAAGGCCUUCCAACAAGGGGCAAGAGAAAAUCUACAUGCUGAAAUUGCAAGAAUGUUUUAUACAGGUGGUCUAUCUUUUCAUUUGUCACGCAAUCCAUAUUUCAUUAGUUCAUAUCAAUAUGCUGCGAACAACAUCAUUCCUGGAUACAAACCUCCUGGUUAUAAUGCAUUAAGGGGUCCAUUGUUGCAAAGAGAAAGAGCUCACACAGAGAAGUUACUUGAACCAAUUAAAGGAACUUGCAGUUUGAAAGGAGUGAGCAUAGUCACAGAUGGUUGGACAGAUGCUCAAAGGAGGCCUCUGAUUAAUUUUAUGGCUGUGUCUGAUGGGGAUCCCAUGUUUUUGAAGGCAGUUGAUGGAUCCAAAGAAUAUAAAGACAGACAUUAUAUGGCUGACUUGAUGCGUCAAGUGAUUGAAGAGGUCAAACCUCAAAAUGUGGUUCAAAUAAUCACUGACAAUAUAUCUGUUUGCAAAUCAGCAGGUAGGCUUAUAGAGUUUGAGUAUCCCACUAUUUUCUGGACGCCAUGUGUUGUGCAUACGCUUAAUCUUGUAUUAAAGAACAUAUGUGCAGCAAAGAACACAGAGGCAAAUGAGAUUGUGUAUGAUGAAUGCCAUUGGAUAGAGGAGGUUAAGGAUGAUACUGCUUUUAUUAGAACAUUUAUCAUGUGUCAUUCUAUGCGAUUGGCAAUUUUUAAUGAAUUUGUGCCAUUAAAAUUACUUGCCAUAGCUGACACUUGCUUUGCAUCCACCAUUGUUAUGCUCAAAAGACUCAAGCUCAUUAAAACUUCACUUCGUACAAUGGUGAUAAGUGAAGCAUGGAAUGCUUAUAAGGAAGAUGAUGUUGGAAAGGCAGCCACAGUGAAAAAUUUGAUCCUUAAUGACUCUUGGUGGGAUAAGGUGGAUUAUAUACUUUCUUUCACUGGACCGAUUUAUGACAUGCUUCGGAUGGCUGACACAAAUAAGCCUAGACAUCAUUUAAUUUAUGAAAUGUGGGAUUCAAUGAUAGAACAAGUGAAGGAGUACAUCUACAAGCAUGAGAAUAAGGAGCUUUCUGAGUAUUCAGCUUUCUUUGAUGUUGUUUAUAGGAUCAUUAUUGAUCGAUGGACAAAAAGUUGCACUCCCCUUCAUUGUCUUGCACAUUCAUUGAAUCCUAGGUAUUAUACACCCCAAUGGCUUGAAGGUGCUCCCAAUAGAAUUCCGCCUCAUUUAGAUAAUGAAAUAUCAUCUGAGAGAGUAAAGUGCCUUUAUAGGGACUUUACUGAUCCUGAGGAGAGAAAGGCGGUCUUUCAAGAGUUCCCAAAAUUUGUUGGAAGUUUAGACUUCUAUUCAUCAUUUGAUUGCUUGCAAGAUAGGUGGAAUUUAGAACCUAAAGGGUGGUGGUUAAAUUAUGGUUCUUUCACCCCUAUUCUUUAGAGGCUUGCAUUGAAACUUCUAGGCCAACCGUGCUCUUCCUCUUGUUGUGAAAGAAAUUGGAGCACUUACUCCUUUAUCCACUCAUUGAAGAGAAACAAGAUCACUCCUAAAAGAGCUGAAGACUUAGUUUUUGUGCAUACUAAUCUUCGUCUCUUGUCAAGGAAGAGUGAAAAGUAUCGCAUUGGGCAAAGUAGAAUGUGGGAUAUUGGUGGAGACACUAUGGAGCCAUUUGAUGCUGUCAAUAGCCUUGAGAUGGCAAGUUUGUCACUUGAUGAACCCAUUUUAGAGCAAGAAAUUAUAGGAGAGCCUAGUAAUGUAAUGGAAAAUGAGGAUGAUGAAAUGUGAUGUAUUUGAUAGUAUUUUGUA